AUGAUCGUACCACGACAAUCCCGUGCCCCGACCGGUACACACCCCUUGCCCGGGUCCCCCCUUCAUAGUCACACCCCCUGCCCCCUCAUGCCAUCCGCUCCCCCCGCCCCUACCCUCCGCGUGCCCGCUCCCAUCGCCGCCUCUUUUGACCCUCCCUGCCCCCCUCGCCGUUACCCACCGCUCGCCAUUCGCUCCUCCCCGCCCGUGCCCUCCCCUCGUUUACCUUCGCCUCCCCCCUCCCCUCCUCUGCUGCACGCCUCUUCCUUCCCCUCGCUAACCCACUCCACUCCCUGCCCCUCCUCAAUCCGCACCCUGCCCCUCGUUUCUCGCCCCCCUACGCUUGGUUUCUCCCCUCCCUGCCCCUCGCCGCCUUUCUCCGCUCCCCACCUCCCCCCUCUCCCUGCCCCCCCACUCUCCUCCACUUGCCCUUGGCUUCCCACCUCCCUGCCCCACCUUUCCCCCCUCCGUGUGCUCAGCUUCUCCCCUCCCUGCCUCUCCCUCCUCCCGCCCUGCCCCUCAUUUUCCGCCCCCCCACGCCCGGUUUCUCCCCUCCCUGCACCUCCCUUUCUUUCUCCGUGCCUCUCCUUUGCUCCCUCCCUGCCCCCGCCUGCCCAUGCCCCUGUCUUUGGUUUCUCCCCUCCCUGCCCCACGUUUUCUUCCCUCCCUGAGAUCACCUUGUACCCCCUCUGCCCCUCCCUUGUUCUCCCCGCACCCAUUGCUUCUCCCCUCCCUGCCCUUGAUUUCCCGCACCCCUGCCCUUGUUUCCUACCAUCCAUGCCCCUCGUUUCCCCUCUUUGUACGUUCACCCUCUUCCCUCCCUGCCCCUCCCUUCCUCCCCCCCUGCCCUUUGCUUUCCCCUCGUUACGCUCCCUUCUCCCCAUCCCUGCUGCCCUCUUACCACCAUCAGCCCGUCCCCACCACCAGCCCCCCUCCCACCCUUCUCCCCCCCCCUCCCUCUCCCUCUCUCUCUCCUCUCUCUCCUCUCUCUCUUUCUCUCGCACACACACACACACACACACUCCCCUCCCCCACCCCCCCACCCACAUCCUCCCGUUCUGCCCCUCCCUGCCCCUGUUCCACCCCCUCGCACGCCCCUCACCUCUCACCUCCGUUCAACUGGAUUCCCCCCCUCUGCCCCUGCCCGUUGCUGCCCCUCCCCUUGCCCCCUCAACUCCCCUGCCCCCCGUACACCCACUCCCGUCCAACCGCCCCCACCCUCCCCCGGCUGCCCGUUUCCGCUCUCCACCCCCGCGACCGUGUGCGGCUUCCAACCGCCCAACGGUGGUGCGCACGGGGCGUUUCUUCGCGCGGGCAAGCCUCCCCGGGGGCCCCCCACCCCGCUGA